AAAAAACAAAGAAGAAGAAGGAAGUAGUCACGUUGUAAUCAUGGCGUCCUCCAGUGCACCGAGAGGCAACGUGAUAACUCCUUAAAAUGAGAAACUUUUGGUUUACUGGGACGACAAACAUCGGUAUCAUCUAAUUUCAACAAAUCAUACUUAAAAAAAAUACGUCUGCACUCACGGACGUUUUCGUUCAAAGACUGAUUAUUUCGUGAUCAGCACAGAAAUGGCUUCAUUUAAACCUACAAAAGUCCAAGUCUAUCCUAAACUUGGAGAGAAAGUCACACAAGACACACUGUACUGGAAAAACUACAAGGCUCCGGUCCAGAUAAAAGAAUUUGGAGCGAUCACAAACAUAGACUUCUCCCCAGUGGCUCCGCAUAACUUUGCGGUGACAGCAUUCACAAGAAUCCACAUUUACGGGCCGUUCUCCCAGGAGCCUGUUAAGACAUUUACACGUUUUAAAGAUACUGCAUACUGUGGGAGGUUCAGGUCAGACGGUCAGCUGCUCGUGGCGGGAUGUGAGGACUCUGUGGUCCGGCUGUUUGAUGUCAGUGGCAAGGUGGCACUCAGGAUGUUUAAAGGACACACAAAGGCUGUACAUAUCACAGACUUUACCUCAGACCGUUACCAGAUUCUCACAGGGUCCGACGACUACACCUGUCGACUUUGGGACAUCCCAAAUGCCACUGAGCUCAACACCUACCAAGAACACACAGAUUACAUUCGCUGUGGCGUCACAAGCAAACUCAACAGAGAUCUCUUCAUUACUGGAUCUUAUGACCACACACUGAAACUGUUUGAUGCCAGAGCGGAUAAGAGUGUGAUGACCAUGGACCAUGGCCAGCCAGUGGAGAGUCUGCUUCUCUAUCCUUCUGAGGGACUCCUCGUCUCUGCAGGGGGGCGCCAUGUGAAAGUGUGGGAUCUGCUAAAAGGAGGCCAGCCUCUGGUGUCACUGAAGAACCAUCACAAAACUGUCACCUGUUUGUGUCUCAGCAGCAGUGGACACAGACUGCUGUCAGCUUCUCUGGACAGGCAUGUAAAGGUGUACAACACCACCAACUAUAAAGUGGUCCACAACUUUGACUACGCUGCCUCCAUCCUCAGUCUGGCUUUGGCUCCGGAUGAUGAGUCCAUCGUUGUGGGUAUGACCAAUAGUAUCCUGAGUAUCAAACACAGGAAAAGCCUCGACGAGUCGAAGGAAAUCUCCGGCCAACAGAGACGACAGCCGUCAUAUCGUGUUUUUGUGAAAGGGAAGAACUACGUCCCUAAACAGGAUGAUUAUCUCGUCAGCAAGCCAGUGAAACAGCAUUUGGCCAAAUAUGACAAGCAGCUCAAGAAAUUUAAUGUAUCGAAGGCUUUGGAUACAGCUCUGGAGACAUGGACAAGACUGAGAAAGCCAGAGAUCACAGUUGCUGUUAUAAAGGAGCUGGAUCGAAGAGGAACAUUGAAGAAUGCUCUGGCAGGAAGGGAUGAACAGGGGCUCGCUCGGUUGCUCAACUUCCUCAUAGGGAACGUAGUUGACCCCAGGUUUGCUCCUGUCCUCGUAACAGCGGCUGAGAUGAUCCUGGACAUUUAUCAAUCCGUAAUCGGACAGUCGUCAGUUGUGGACCGGCAGCUGCUGCGUCUGCAGGAGCUGCUGGAGAGAGAGAUUGACUACCAGCAGGACCUCCUGGAGGUGCUGGGCAUGUUGGACACGAUGUUCGCCUCCUCCCUCCCUAGGAAGGAGGUGCCAUGCCCUGGCGUCAGCAGGGCUAAUGGCCUGGCUCAGGGAGAAUCGAGUAUCUCAAGACCACAGGUUCAGGCCACCUGAGGCUUGUAGCGGGGGGAAGCGGCUUUAGACUGGGUUAGAGUGCCUUUACAACUCUAAAAA